AUGGUCUCCUUUCGCCGCUCCGCCCUUGCGGCCCUGGGCUACGCUGCUACGUUGCUGCCCGCCGUUGAUGCAUCCCGCAUUCUCGUCUCCAACUCGCUCAACACCUGCUCCGCCGCGUCUGGCUUCACUGCCAGUCUCUUCAAUGUCAAGUACGAUGCCGACACCGGUUUCGCCGAGAUUAGUAUGACCGCCACCUCCACCAUCUCUGGCAAGGUCAUCUUCUACGUCACCGUCUCGGCCUAUGGCUAUCCCAUCAUCGACAACAAAGCUGUCGAUCCUUGUACCGUUGAGGAACUCAAGGGCAUGUGCCCCAUGCAGGUUGGAAAGCCGCCUCAGGACUUCCGUCUCGACAUUGGCAAGAAUGCCCCCAUCCCUGGCAUCGCCUUCUCCAUCCCCGAUCUCGACGCCACUGCCAAGGUCCGCGUAAUGCUUGGCGACGACGAGGUUGCUUGCCUUGAGGCCAACAUCUCUAACCAAAAGACUGUCGACACCGUCGGUGUCAAGUGGGCUACGGCUGUCAUCGCCUUCCUCGCCCUCAUCUCAUCCGCCGUGCUCAACAGCCUGGGUCACACCAACGCCGCUUCUCACGUCGCCGCCAACUCCCUUUCUCUCUUCAGUUACUUCCAGAGCCAGGCUAUGAUCGGCCUGACUGCCGUCAAGCUCCCUCCCAUUGUUCGCGCCUGGACUCAGGACUUCCAGUGGACCAUGGGCAUCAUCAGACUCGGCUUCAUGCAGGACAUUUUCACUUGGUAUCAGCGCGCUACUGGUGGUACUCCCUCCACCAUCCUUGAUUCCAUCCGUACCUACUCAGUCCAGGUGCAGAAGCGUGGUCUCGAUCUCGCAAGCCGCGGCCUAGACAUGCUUCCUGAAAAGGUGGCUACCCUCGCCCGUCGUGGCAACAUCAAGACCGGCUCCGGAACCUACCUCGUCUACGGUAUCCAGCGUGUCGCCUUUCGCUCCAAGAUUGAGUCCACCAACCUUUUCAUGACCACCAUUACAUGGUUCUGUAUCCUCGUAAUCUUUACUUCUCUUGCUGUUGCCGCUUACAAGGGCAUUCUCGAGCUGCUUGCUAAGAAGGGUACCGUCAAGGGCGAUCGCUUCCAAGAGUUCCGCAACGGCUGGGUCACCGUCCUCAAGGGCAUCAUCUUCCGCCUUACCCUUCUUGGCUUUCCUCUCGUUACCGUCUUCUGCCUCUGGGAGUUUACCCAGGCCGACUCUGCUGCUGAGGUUGUUCUUGCUGUCUUCUUCCUUCUUGCCACCAUCACCACCCUGGCUUUUGGCACCUGGAAGGUCAUCACCAUCGCUCGCCGUUCCGUCAGUGUCCACAGCAACCCUGCCUACAUCUUGUUUGCUGACCCCAAUGUUAUCAACAAAUGGGGCUUCCUCUACAUCCAGUUCCGCGCCUCGUCGCAUUACUUCAUCGCGCCCCUGCUCGCCUACAUGUUCCUCAAGUCCUUAUUCGUCGCCGUCGCCCAGAAGAGCGGCAUCACCCAGGCUAUUGCGUUUAUCCUGCUCGAGGCCGGCGCUCUUAUUGGCGCGAGCGUUAUUCGCCCCUGGAUGGACAAGCCCACCAACACCUUCAACAUAAUGAUUUGUGUUGUCAACUUUAUCAAUGCCAUCUGCCUGCUCAUCUACACCAACGUCUUUGAUGCGCCUGCCCUUGUCGUUGGUGUCUUCGGUGUCAUCCUCUUUAUCCUCAAUGCCGCCUUCUCCCUGGUACUCUUGCUCAUGGUGAUCGUCUCGACCGCAUUUGCCGUCUUCCGCAAGAACCCCGAUUCGCGCUAUCAGUACAUGGGUGACGAUCGUGCCUCAUUCAUGAAGUCCAACACUCAGCUCGACAAGUCCAAUCAGCUUGAUGACCUUGCAGCUGUCGCUCGUGGUGACAACAAGUCGCGCAUGUUUGACGAGGAGGAGUUUGAGCCCAAGCCUCACAGCCACGUCCUGGGUUCCCUCAACAACCAAUCGCAGCGCUCCUUCGGCCGCGCUUCGCCCUCGCCUGCGCCCUCUGGUCGCCCAAGCCCGAGCCUGGAUCCCAAUGCCCCUACUCGCAGCGCGCGACAGCAGAACUCGGGCAGCCCGUGGCAGCGCGGAGCUGGUUACGACAACUAG